AUGGGUCGUCUUGAAGGAAAGAACUGCAUCAUCACGGGUGGCGCUGGUGGGAUUGGUCUCGAGACUGCCAUUUUGUUUCGCCGUGAAGGUGCCAAUGUCCUACUCUCUGAUAUCUCAGGCCCGGCUCUGGAAAAGGCUCUAGCCAAGCUAAAGGAGAUUGUUCCAGAGGGGAAGAAGGCUGAAACAAAGAUAACCGAUGUUUCCAAAGAAGCAGACGUCCAAGCCAUGAUUGAGCAUGUUGAUUCUUGGGGUGGUGUUGACGUCCUCUUCAACAACGCGGGAAUAAUGCACGCAAACGAUGACGAUGCAGUCAACACUCCCGAGAAGAUUUGGGAUUUGACCCAAGCCAUCAACGUCAAGGGUGUUUGGUUCGGAUCCAAGCACGCAGUCAUCAGCUUCAGGAAACACAACAAGAAGAAGACGAGCGUCAUCAACACAGCCAGUGUUGUGGCACUGGUAGGCAGUGCUACGCCACAAUUGGCCUACACAGCUAGCAAGGGUGCCGUUCUGGCGAUGACGAGGGAGUUGGCUAUGGUUCAUGCACGUGAGGGCUUCAGGUUCAAUGCCCUUUGCCCAGCACCGUUGAACACACCUCUACUCCAGGACUGGCUCGGUGACGAUGCAGCAAAAAGACACCGUCGUGAAGUCCACUUCCCCACUGGUCGAUUUGGUGAGGCCAUCGAGCAAGCCCAGGGUGUAUUGUUCUUGGCCAGCGAUGAGAGCAGCUUCGUCAACGGUACCGACUUUGUCAUUGAUGGUGGUAUGACGAGGUGCUACACCACACCUGAAGGACCACCAACCGAGCCUCCUCAGAACAAUGCACCCUCGACCCGACACUAUUAG